AUGCUGCGCCGUCAAGCCCGUGAGCGCCGAGAUUACCUCUACCGGAGAGCAUUGCUCCUCCGCGAUGCUUCUAUCGCCGAAAAACGAGCCCAGCUCAAGGCUUCCUUGGCAUCUGGAAAGCCUUUAGACCCCUCAAUCGCCAAUGAUAAGACUCUCCGUGAGGAUUUCAAAUACGACGAGUCAAAAGAGGACGGUGUGGAUAUCGACGAUGAAUAUGCUUUAACCUCCGGCGUUAUUGAUCCUCGCCCGCUGGUCACCACCUCUCGCUCACCCUCCGCUCGUCUUGGUGCCUUCGCCAAAGAAAUUCGCUUGCUCCUCCCCACCGCCAUCCGUCUCAACCGUGGUAAUCUCGUUCUGCCCGAUCUCGUCUCCAGCGCAACCUCUGCGGCUCUGACCGAUAUGAUCCUGCUGCACGAGCACCGUGGUACCCCCACCGCCCUCACCAUUUCUCAUCUCCCUCACGGUCCCACAGCCAGCUUCUCCUUGCACAAUGUUGUCCUCCGUGCCGAUAUCCCGAACUCUGCCCGCGGUACCGUCUCUGAGAGCUACCCUCACCUGAUUUUCGAGGGCUUCAAGUCCAAGCUGGGUCUUCGUGUCGUCCAAAUUCUUAAGCAUAUGUUCCCUCCCCGUGAGCCUGGCAAGGUCGGAAACCGCGUUGUCAGCUUCGUCAACAAGGAGGACAGCAUUGAGGUGCGCCACCACGUCUUCGUGAAGACCGGAUACCGGGACGUGGAGCUCGCCGAAGUUGGUCCUCGAAUGACUAUGCGCUGCUUCGAGAUCCGUGGUGGUACCCUUGAGAAGGGCAACAGUGGUGAUGUCGAGUGGGCUCUUACUCAGUACACAAGAACCAGCCGAAAGAAGGAUUACCUUUAA